AUGUUCUCUUCACGCUCCAUUGUCCGUGCUGCGGCACCUCUUCGCUCCCAAACAGUGCGACAAGCUAUCCAGAAGCGCCUUGCACACGCCGAGGCCAAGCUCCCAGCUGGCGUUCAAGAUAACGCUUUCAACCGCGAACGUCAGGCCGUCAAGGACCACGCGGCCGCUACCUCUGAUUUGUGGCGUAAACUUUCUAUCUAUGCUGUGAUCCCUUGCCUGAUCAUUUCCGGUGUCAACGCUUACAACCUCUGGAACGAGCAUUGGGAGCACUGGGCACACAGAGAGCCACUAGAGGAACGCCCUGAGUACCCAUACCAGAACGUCCGCUCCAAGAACUACUUCUGGGGAAAUGGAGACAAGACUCUUUUGUAA